CGUGUCUGACGUAUUCGUGAAGGAACCGUAAAAACGUUAGUUAGGUCUAUAUAUAUCCUUCAUUAAAUUGAGGCUACGUAUAUUCACAUUGAAUUGGGAUGACUUGAGAGUUUGGUAUUACAUCCAAAUCGGCUAUAUAAAUAUAGGUUAAAAUACUUAAAUUGUAGUGUGAUCUCUUUAUCUAAAGAAAGGAAAAAAAGGCACAUAAAAUUGGUGACUCUCCUAAUAAUAAACAUGCCUUCCUGCAAUAACUCCUCCGGCAAUCUCGCCGUGGCCAUUGCUCUUCUUUUAGCCGGCGCCUUAUAUAUCUACUACUCUUCACGUUCGGUAUCUGACCCUUUCUCUGAUCUCCAAAACUAUGUCAACUCUCUGAGAAGGAUUGAGUAUCCAGUGGACGAGCUAGAGGCCGUGCUAGACAGAGCUGCGUCAGGAAACAACAAGACGGUGAUAAUAGCAAUGGUGAACAAAGCCUACGUGAAGGAGGCUGGAGGAGGGAGGACAAUGCUGGAUCUGUUUUUGGAGAGUUUUUGGGAAGGAGAGGGAACUCUGCCGCUACUUGACCAUCUAGUGGUGGUAGCAGCGGAUCAGACGGCCUACGAUCGUUGCCGUUUCAGGAGGCUCCACUGCUAUAAGAUGGACACCGAAGGGGUGGACUUGGAGGGAGAGAAGGUAUACAUGUCAAAAGAUUUCAUUGAGAUGAUGUGGCGAAGGACUCGCUUGCUCCUAGACGUCCUCAGCCGCGGCUACCAUCUUAUUUUCACGGAUACGGACGUGAUGUGGCUAAGGAGCCCUUUGUCCCGGCUAAGAAACAAUGAGAGCUUGGAUAUGCAAAUAAGCGUGGACAGUAGUAGUGUGGGAGGACACCCGAUUAACACGGGAUUCUACCACGUCCGGUCCAAUUACAAGACCAUCUCCCUCUUCCGGAAAUGGUACGACAUGAGGCUCGAGUGGACGGGCAUGAAGGAACAAGACGUCCUUAACAAGCUCCUUGACUCCGGCUUCUUUGACCAGCUUGGGCUCAACGUUGGUUUCCUCAACACUACCGAAUUCAGUGGCUUCUGCCAAGACAGCCCUGACAUGGGUGCUGUCACCACAGUCCACGCCAACUGUUGCCGCCACAUCGGUGCUAAGAUCUCUGAUCUCACUCUUGUUCUUGGUGAUUGGAAACGCUACAAAGCCUCCCGUGUCAACAGCAAAUGGAGCCCUCAUGUUGAAUGCGGGCGUUCAUGGAGUGACGCCCACUAUAUCCCCAAGCUCUGACUUUAUUCGCUCGUAUAUGCAAAUUAAUGAGAUUGGUUUUGUAUACAUUUAUUAACUGCAGAUCUUACUUAGGUUGAUCGUAGCUAGCUAGACGAGCAUUGCAUGCUUCUCUUUUGACAAAUAAUUACAGAACAUCUUACAUUACAUGUGUGUUACAACAAGAUUGUUUUUUGCUACUUGAAAUAUAAUACACAGAAGAUGAGAGUUCCAAAUC